AUGAGUAAAGUAUAUAACUGGUUUAACGAACGUCUUGAGAUUCAAUCAAUUGCAGACGACGUUACAAGUAAAUACGUACCGCCACACGUAAACAUUUUCUACUGUUUAGGUGGAAUUACCCUUACAUGUUUCCUCGUUCAAGUUGCAACAGGAUUCGCUAUGACAUUCUACUACCGCCCAACUGUAACUGAAGCAUUUGCAUCAGUACAAUACAUUAUGACUGAAGUAAACUUCGGAUGGCUUAUCCGUUCAGUUCACCGUUGGUCAGCUAGUAUGAUGGUAUUAAUGAUGAUUCUUCACGUAUUCCGCGUAUACCUUACUGGUGGAUUCAAAAAACCACGUGAGCUUACAUGGGUAACUGGAGUUAUUCUUUCAGUAAUUACUGUAUCAUUUGGUGUAACUGGAUACUCACUCCCUUGGGACCAAGUAGGUUACUGGGCUGUUAAAAUUGUAACUGGUGUACCAGAUGCAAUUCCAGUAAUUGGUGGUUUCGUCGUUGAACUUCUUCGUGGAAGUGUAGGAGUAGGACAACCUACUCUUACUCGUUUCUACAGUUUACACACAUUUGUACUUCCGCUUCUUGCAGCAGUAUUUAUGCUUAUGCACUUCCUCAUGAUUCGUAAACAAGGAAUUUCAGGACCUCUUUAA